GAAAAUCGACAACUGCCGGUGCUUCUUAAAAGAACAUGACGGGAAAUGGUGGGUUUGCGAGGACGCGAAUCCAGAAAUCGACUUUGAGUACCUAGAGGGAGCCGAGAGCAGCGCCGUCAUCAAGCAGCUUACAAGUGAACCUUUCUUCGCUGACAGUACGCCCACCUGGAAAGCGAGGACUCGUCCCCGUGCCCGACGAUGCCCCUUGCCCUAUGCCCGAAAUAAAGGCAGCUUUCCCCUACCAGUAUGACCUCGUCAUGAUGCCCCACCACUCAUUCAUUGACGGGGUCACAAUGGCAAUAAUCACCGGAAAACUCGUGGGCGUCCUCAACGACGUCAUAGCUGGACGACCCAUCGACGACGAGCCUUUUGGAGUCUACCUGAACAACGAGGAAAUUGUCAAGAUCGAUGAACAGAUCGUGAAUGACUUCAAAAAGGAACCUGAGAAAGUCGAAGCGAUGAAGCGAGAGAUUCUGGCCUGCGACACCACGCCCCUCCUCUGCAGGGCCUUCCCACCCCCCGGAGGGAAGCCAGCAACCGACUUCGUCUACCGGAACGUCGACCAGACAUCCCUGGCUUCCUUCACGAUGAAGUGCAAAGCCAAUAGUGUCACGUUCAACAGCGGACUGGAGGCUGUGAUUAACGUGGCCAUCAUCGAGAUGGCGAGGGAGGCGGGAGUGGAGGGGGAGUCUCACCACAUGAGUAUCAAUCUAGCGACGGAUCUCAGACGCUACAUGAAGCGCCGUUCCCUCCCGAUCCUCGGCUUGCACGUGCGUCCCACUGUGCACAGGAUAGAGACGCCCUUCGACGUUCGGGAUAACUUUUGGGACUACACCAGGAAGCUCCACCAGAGGCUCUCGGUUCUCCUGAAGUCCGGCGAGGCCCUUCAGCAGAACGUGGUGAGGGAGAUGACCCUGCCGCAGCUCUCCCCGGUGGAACACCACGCGUCAGGGCCCAAACCCUUGCGUGACUACGGUCUCACCAACAUCGGGGAUCUCACGGCCAUCAUUCCAGGCGUCGGGGAGCACCUCCAGCAGACGGACCUCGCCAUGUUUAACUGCACGCACUACUCUGGUUUCCCGAUGCUUCACCAGAUCUACACCUUCAGAGGACAUUCGCCCUACACGCUCAGCUACGACACCUCCUACAUAGCGAGGGAGACCGCAGUUACGCUCACAGACAAGGUCCUGAUGCUUAUGCACGAACUUGGGACAUCAUCCUAAAAUGUUAGAAAAAGGAUUAAGAACAAGAAGUGAUACUCGACGAUUGUAAUAACUGAUCAGCUUGUUUAUAUAUUAAAAAAAAAACCUUGGUUCCAACUCACUCAUCCAUGAGUUAUAACAAGCUUUCUUAAAAAGCUUGUUAUAAUGUAAACAAAAAAGUGGAACGACAGUGUGAAUUCUAGCUUCAUUUGAUGUUAGUUCAUCACACUAACCUAUGUAGUGAAAUUGUAGAAAUUCAACCCAAUUAACCAAAUCUAAUUGUUCGCAGUGAAAAUUUACCAUUGUUUAAAUUUACCUAUAGAUUUAGUGAAAUUAUAUGUAAUAUAUAUUUUUUGACUUCGGCAUUUGCACAAUGUCGAUAUAUUCUUGACUCGUUCUGAUUUUCUUACAUAGACUAACGAUCGACCAAAUUGUUUUAAAAUUUAUUUUUACUCAGAAAACAUAAUCAUAUGCGAUGUUGUUUAUGCAUACAAGAUAUUAAUUCCAGGAAGAUAUUUAUUAAUAAUAUAUGAAUUAAUGUGUACACCCAUUUGUGUUUAUUGUCUUCCAUCCUAGGAUAUAGAGAAGGGGAAAUAGCAAACGAAAGAUAAAACCAACAAAAUUUAUGAAAGAAAUCGAAUAAACAAAUAAAUAUCA